AUGUCAAAUGCUGAGAAGGGCGGAGACGUCUGGUGCAAAACCGUUCUUAACCUUAUACAGGAGUACAGCGAUAUCUUGCAGACGCCUGGUGACCUUAAAUUAUGUGAAAGACAGUUGACAUUGUUUUCCGACCAUUCCUUGUUUCAGCUUGGUAUAUUGGAGCGGCUUAACGCCGGUGAGGUGUUAGUAGGAGAUGGAGGAGUGACUUAUGCUUUGGAAAAGCGUGGAUAUGUGAAAGCAGGACCUUGGACUCCUGAGAGUACAGUGGAGCACCCAGAAGCAGUUCGACAGCUGCAUCGGGAAUUCCAGCGAGCAGGAGCUGAUGUCAUUCAAGCAUUUACAUUCGCAUUGGAUGAUGACUGGGAAGGUGAUCAAGCUAAAUAUGGGGUGUGUAUAAUUAUAUCAAUAUGUCUGUCAGCAAGUCUAGAUAUCACUACACUAAUGUGUAGAGACAGAAUCGCGAAAAUAAACCAGGCAGCAUGCGAUCUUGCCAAAGAGGUGGCCAAGGAAGGCGGGGUGUAUUUUGCUGGCUGCAUCAAUCAGACUGCUUUCCUGUAUUCACAAGGUGCUGGAAAAGACGUGGUGAUGAAGAAGUUUAGAGAACAAAUCGAGAUUUUUCUCCAAAACAAUGUUGAUUUGAUUAUCGCUGAGUGUAAUAAUUUAAAUUACUGUCUCUAUCUGGGGAUACCAUUGCACUUUGAUAUACUUAUCUUUCUAGACCUCUCUUUAAACAUUAAUUUCUUCAGCCAUAACUGUUUUCUCUUCCCUCAGUUCUUUGCACACGUCGAGGAAGCUGAAUGGGCAGCAGAAGUUUUAAAGUCCACAGGCAAACCAACGGCCAUAACGCUAUGUAUUGGACCUCACGGUGAUAAGAAAAAUGUGUCAGCUGGAGAAUGUGCUGUGAGGCUAGCAAGGGCAGGGGCUGAUAUCAUUGGUGUCAACUGUUGCUUCAGUCCCGACAUCAGUUUACAGACCAUUGGUUUAAUGAAAGAGGCGUUAGACAAGGAAGGACUCAAGCCUCAUCUGAUGAUUCAACCGCUUUGUUAUCAUGCUCCAGAUUACGCGAGAAAUGGAUAUUUACCCGAAACCCCGUUUGCUCUGGAGCCUCGUACACUAACUCGUUGGGAUGUGCAUAAGUACGCUCGGCGGGCCUAUGAUAUGGGAGUGAGGUAUAUCGGAGGCUGCUGUGGCUUUGAGCCAUACCAUAUCCGGGCUAUUGCUGAAGAGGUAGGACUCAUGAACAAAUCAUGUAUGUUAACUCAAUUAGCCACUCCCCCUAAUGGGGUCCUUGGAGCCUGUGGAAAGAAACGAUGAAAGAAAUAAGGUAAAUGAACAUAACAUGAUUCAACAAGCAGAUGGCAGGCAAGUUGCCUGUUUCCAAGCCUGGCCGAGGUACUACUAAAAACAACACCAGCUAGUGGUCCUAGUUGUCAAGUCGGGACAAAAACUUGCGAUGUCCGGAUUUCAAGUUCUAACCACUCGGCUAAGCUUCCUCUUUUUUUAAAGGAGGCAAUUUGCACUCCACUUCAGAGAGCCGGGGAGUUCAUUAGAGCUGAAAUAAUAACGGAACAACCUCUCCCCUUUUCCUCGCCCCACACAUCCCUUGCUGUCUACAAUUUACUCAAAUGCAACACUAUUUUGGGCCAAAUUGACCGAACAAGCUUGGUUGAUAAAUGGUUUAUCAUAUGGGAUAAAGAACGCAUGUACUUGCGGGGAACAGCGCAUAAUCUCGAGCGCCGGACAGGACAGCGCCAUCGUGCUUGCUCGGUUAGCCAAUCACAGCGCAGAAUUUGGUUCAUCUUUCCCGCUCAUGAGGCAAACCAUAUAAUAAACCAGUAAUAUUGCUUUUAAUUUCAGCUUGCUCCAGAACGAGGAAAAUUUCCUGCAGCUAGUGAAAAGCACAGUCCCUGGGGAGAGGCACUCAAACACCACGCAGUAGCUGAAGUCCGAGACAGGUAAGACUGGAGAGAGCUCUAGAGAUCUCCACACGGCCUUUAUGCAAAUCAGAAUUAACGUUUCUUUCGUGUACUCUUUUCAAUCGCGAUCGAUGUUUAAAAUGUGAAUGAAUGUUAAAAUGUGCCAGCUCGUCAGCAUCCAACUGCUAAGUCGUCUUAAGUCAAGACUGCUACAUUUCAGUAAGAAAUUCGUUGACAAUAAGACAUCGUUUAUUCGCUUUCCCUCUAUUUGUGAUAUAAAUAAAUAGCUACAAAUUAUACUCUAGACCUAAUAUUCCUUCCCUCUCUUUCUCUUUAAACGGAGAUUAUCAUCAUACACAAAGCCUAUAGACUGACCAAUGAGUGAUUUCCUUAUUUUCAGAGCUAAUCGUGCCUAUUGGGAGAAUCUAAAACCAGCCAGCGGUCGUCCAUUUUGCCCUUCGUUGAGUGGACCUGGACCACCCAGCCAACUACAAUAAGCCGAGGAACUUUGU